GCUUUUGAGCCAAGUUUAAAAUCUUUUAAUGUCUACGGGAUUAUGCGCUCCUGGUAUAUUUAGCAAUGAGGAUUGUGCUUUACUAUCUCAAUUAGAUAGCUUGGAAUUCGGUGUUUUUAAAGUUGACACUCCCGAGGCACACGAACGUCGCAAACUAUUAGAAAAGGCCGUCGAUUACUUUGACAGUAUAAUUUCCCAGACUGUUCUAGAGAUCGAGGAAGAGCGUUCUGUGGAGGAAAGCGAAACUCUUACCAAAGUCGAAGCGGGUAUUAUAGAGGAAAGUCCGAACUCCGUGCGAUACAAAAUAUAUGAAAAAUACUCAGGACAGCUCGACAAACUUAUUGAACCACAAGUUUAUUUACAUCUUGGUCAUUUUCAGCUUCUGCUCAAUCGUUUUGACGAUGCCCUGUCUGCGUAUCUUAAGUUUGAAUCACUUUGUCCCAGCGAAUCUUCGACCAACUGCUCCUUCCUAUAUGGCUUAGGCCUGUGCUGUUUUCGUUUUAACGUAUUCAACAGGACUAUCAGGCUUUUUCAGCAAGUUUUAUAUUUACAACCGUGGUUUCCAAAGUGUAAGGAGAUACAUAUUCGUCUUGGCUAUAUAUACAAGAUACAAAAUAACUUCGAAAGAAGUUUGAGACAUUUUCGACAAGCCUUGAACGAUUCGACGCCUGCCACAUUUAACCGGAUUGAAUUACGGUUUCAUAUCGCUCAUCUGUUCGAGGUGUGUGGCAAACCUAAACAGGCAAAGACUGAAUACUUUCAAUUAUUGGAUGUUGAGAAAAGCGGUGCUCCAUCACACAUCCGUCAUCUUUGUCUUCGACAAUUAGCUUGGCUUCAUCAUACGGGAGCUUUUGGAUCAAAACCUGAAUCGCCAAACGAAAAAGGCCUAGAUGUUCAAUGGCUUCAAAGUGCUUUAGAAUUAGAUAACACCAAUGGCAAAACCUGGUACUUACUAGGUCGUUGUCAAGCUGCUUUAAAUCAUGUUCAAGAGGCUUUCGCAGCAUAUAGAAGUUCUAUAGACAAAACGGAGGCUAGUGCUGAUACCUGGUGCUCCAUCGGUGUGCUCUAUCAAGAGCAAAGUCAACCGAUGGAUGCUCUUCAAGCAUACUUUUGUGCUGUACAACUGGACAAAUGUCAUGUUGCAGCUUGGGCCAAUCUGGGUACUUUAUAUGAAAGUAUGCAACAGUAUAAAGAAGCCUUAAAAUGUUAUAAAAAUGCAGUAAACGCUGAUAAACACAAUGAGGUUCGUCCAGAGAUUCGUUCUCGUUUAGCUGUGUUACAACAGUUAGUUCCAAACCUAUCAGAUAAAACAACAGGAAGCACAUUUAAUGGUCCGAACAGCAAUAGUGUAACAUCAAACCAGGUCGGCAAUGGUCCUGGUCCUGGUUGUGGUGGAGUAACGAAAUUACCCACAGUAGAUGAGGCGUGGAGCCUGCCUAUACCUGCUGAACUAACCCAGCGUCAACUUCAGUUAAUGUUACAAGAGGCAGCUGCCAAUGAUACCGGGAGUGGUUCGUCUAAGCGUUCCGAAAGACACUUAGCUGGUCUUUUGUUAAUUCCAACUCCUCAGUCAGUUCUUAGAAAACGUAGUAGUUGGCGCCAGUCUGGUUUCAACGGCCCAAAUGAAACUGAAGGAAGUGAUGAGUGUGGAGGGUCUAUAUCCAAAAGAUCUCGUCAUAGUGAUUCAUCCUCUUCAACACCUGUGCAACCAUUAAGCAAUCAGCAACUUCAACUGUUACAUUCCCUGCAGGCUCAGGGUAGUUGUCUAACUGCCUCACAACGUCAAACUCUUAGUAAUUUGCAAAAUCAAGCAUUGAGAUAUCAUCAUUACAAACUUAUACAAAAUCAGAAACAAUUGAAAACAUGUAAAUCGGGCAGUGAUUUUACCGAUGAGACAGUUUCAACUUCCGCUUCGACUGGACCAUUUCACGGAGAUACUUCUGUUACGACAGGUAUUUCUAGUGCUGGCCGCAAUUCAUCCAGUGUAACUGGUGCAGAUACAGUCGAUUUGUUUCCCACCGAGGAUGAUGAUUUAACCGCUGUUGUUGAUAGCCCUGGAUCGGGUAAUUUACCUGAAGAAGAUUUAGGGUUCUUGACGGAUGACCUACUCGCUCAGUUAAAUGGAUCUGAAGCAGCUACUGGAUUGGAUCUUGUUGAGUUAGCUCUGUUUACUACUGGCUCUAGUGCUGGUGAUCAGCGGCCUACAAGUAAUAAUGAUAAUAACCAAGGUUUAAUAAAUGAAAAAUCUUGUCAAUCGAAAUGUGGCGAUUCUUCUACAUCUGGUCCGACUUCUACAACUCCAACUAACCCAUCAAAGACGAUUACUUUAAAUACAGCCAAAAAGGAUGAAAUCGACAUGAAAAAUUGCUUAACUCAAGAACUUGAUCCUGUAGAUUUGCAUGCUUACUUAACCAAACCACUAAACCCACCAACUAGUAUCACUGCAGCUUUGCAUGUCAAUAUGUCUUCUUCUCAAAUCCUAUCUUCACUUCGUGGCCUUGGUCAUUCAGGUGGACCUUGGUGGCCUGGCUUACUACCGGAAGGUAGUCCUAUCCCGAAACCUCCUGCAAAGCCGUAUCCACCGCCCCCUAAAGAUAAGUUGCUGCCUCCCACACCAAGUGUUUAUUUGGAAAAUCGCAAUGAUGCUCAUUCACCUGAAUUAAUGCGCUACUGUUUCACACAACCAGUAGUUGUAAUACGUGGUUUGGCUGCUGCUUUGCGCCUGGAUUUAGGUUUAUUUUCUACUAAAUCAUUGGUUGAAUCCAACCCAGAACAUCGAGUUGAAGUACGAACCCAACGUCUUCAAUCGCCUGAUCAGAACCUUGAUUCGCAAGGACGUACUGUAUGGCUUUGUGAAUCACCGAAAACUACCACAACAAUCGCUAAAUAUGGUGCUUAUCAAGCUGCUUCAUUUAUUGAAGCAAUGAAAGAAGAGAAAAUUGUGAAUUUUUCCGGCAGUGCACCAGUUACUUCGACUCCAACAUCUAACACAAUAUCCGCUAUAUCAGUGGACACAAAAUCGUCUACUGGUAACUUAUCAAAUACUGUAACGGGAAGUGGACGGAAAAAUUCUACUCAUUGGUCUAGCGAAUCUACAAAUUCAGAAUUAAGCGUUAAUCAACCUCAUCCUGUGGGAAGUAAAUUAUCUGGGGAUGAAAAUAAUUCAUUAUCAAAUCAACAGAAUAGUGGACGAUUAAAAUUAAUACGUUUUGGAACAAAUUGUGAUCUUUCAGAUCAGAAAAAAUGGUUACCUCAACUUCAUGAACUUACUAAAUUGCCUAUAUUUGUUCGAGUUGUAAGUGCUUUCAACAUGCUUAGUCAUGUGGGCUAUCCACUUUUAGGAUUGAAUACUGUUCAACUUUAUUUGAAAGUCCCUGGUUCUCGUACUCCUGGUCAUCAAGAAAAUAAUAAUUUCUGUGCUGUUAAUAUUAAUAUCGGUCCAGGUGAUUGUGAAUGGUUUUCCGUACCGGAGCAAUAUUGGGGAGCUAUUCAUAAUUUAUGUGAAAAGAAUAAUGUUGAUUAUCUAACUGGUUCUUGGUGGCCAGAUCUAGAAACAUUGUACAAGGAAGAGAUACCAGUUUACAGGUUCAUUCAAAGACCUGGAGAUUUGGUAUGGAUCAAUGCAGGUACAGUUCAUUGGGUACAAGCUAUUGGUUGGUGUAACAAUAUAGCAUGGAAUGUUGGCUGUAUGACUGCUCGACAAUAUCAACUAGCCGUUGAACGUUAUGAAUUCAACCGUUUACGUGGGGUUAAAUCUGUUGUACCUAUGACACAUCUUAGUUGGCAGUUGGCUAAAAAUAUAAAAAUAUCAGAUCCGGGAUUGUUUGAAUUAAUCAAGCAUACAUUACUUCGUAGUUUUAUUCAAUCUCAGUUGACUACUGAUUUUUUGGAGAAGAUGAAUUUAACUAUUAAACAUCACGGAAAAAGACCUGAUGAUAUUGCUCAUUCCUGUCAUGAUUGUGAGAUUGAAGUAUUCAACAUUUUAUUCGUUUUAUCUCAAGAUAAAAAAUUGGUUGUUAGAUGUUUAGAUUGUGCACGUCGUAUGGAUUCUACUUUAAAAACAUUCAUUAUCCUAUCCGAGUAUCAUAUUCAUGAAUUGGCUGAAAUUUUUGACAAAUUUCAACUUCAAACUCAACCUAUCACAGCUUAUCCAGUGGGAAAAACUUGAUCUACUUACAUUACUAUGAAUUGAUGUGUACAUAUUGUUAUUACUAAAUAGUAAAUGGAGCACAUUUUCACUUUUGUGUAAUAUACACCACCAGAAUGAGACAUUCACAUUUACACAUUUUUCAUUGUUAUUCGUUGUUGUGACAUUGCAUUGAAAAUUUUCGGUGGUCAUUAAUUUGUAUAAUAUAACAAAUUUUCAAGUUAGAAAUUAACCAUUCAAGUAAUCAACUUCUUAAUAUAUUUUCAUUUCCUUAUGUAUGGUUAAUUUCUUCAAUUCUUUAAAUGUUCCCUCGUAUAUUGUAAGAUUUCAGUACUAAUUCCAAAAAACAAACAACACCUCUACUUGUCUAACAAAAUAUAUUGUACGUUAAAGUUUCUUUUACUGUUUGUUAACUGUAUAAUCACUAUUUCGAUAUUUCUCUUUUUGUAUCAUUUCUUUUUAAAUAAAAAAUAAAAACCCAGUUUUGCGGUUCAGGAAAAAAAUUUCCUUUUGUUUUAAAUUACUACUGUUCAUUACUAUUCAUAGUUUAUUGAUACGUUGGAUGAUAAUAUAAUGCAAAGUAUUUAAGGAAAAUUCAAACCUUCCUUUUGUACAAGAAUUAAUUUAUGGUACAAAAGGUGCAUAAAUCUUGAAUAAAAUACUAACUUAAUGUGAAACAAUCAUUUUCAAGUCUAUACAUAUUAUAUUUAUAUAAAUCCCUGCUGUGCAAUUAAAAACCAAAUAUUCACAUAUAUAGUUACGAUCAUUUAAAUCGCUCAUGUCAUAUUAGUACAAUUAAUUUUCAUUGUACAAAUUCACAUGAUCAUCUCUACCUUAGUUUGGCUACAAGAAACUAUUACAGUGUAACAAAACUAAGCUCUCCAAAUGAUAGUUAUUAAAAACAUCUGUUAAGUGGUUACAAAAAAAAAAAACUAUUCACUCUCUACUUCAUUACUUGUGAGUGAUUAUAUCAAAUCUCGUUUCUUACUAUAUAGCUGUUUCAUGCAUAUCACAUAGCACUUCACAUUAAAAAUAUCAUUCAAUGAUACACUACACCAUUCUUGUCUAUGUUAUGACAAUAAGUUUAUUUUCACAGAAAUGUUGAUUAGUUUGUCGAAUAACCGUAAUGUCAUUCAAAUGCAAAGGACACAUGAUAAGUAUGCCUUUCACCAUUAUGAUGAUGAUGGUUACACUGAUACACGAAUUACAUGAAUUCUUAACACUCAUGAUUUUCUACAUGAAAAGAGAAACAAUUAUCUGAUUAAUGUGUGUAUACCCUCAAAUGCUUGUGAUCGAGUGAAUAAUUUUUCACAGAUGGAAAUCAGAUGAAGAGCUAAAGAAAACAAGGGAAUACUAUACAAAGAUUUUAUCAAACUUUAGCAUUCUUCAACAGUACAUACCUACGAAGAUUGUGUUUAUCCACGAGGAUGAUAUAGUGGAGUCAACUAUUUUCCGACUUUCGUUCAAUUACAAUAUAAUGCAAUUGGUGUCAGGUAGUAUUGUCAAACAACUAUUUCCUACACAACUCAUCUGAUUGUACUGUUGAAAGCUCCCAGUCAAAACUGCAUGAAAUUCACCUUCACUCUAGUCCCUGAUCACCUCUCGACUAUUGUUGGUUAGUGUGGAAAGUGAAGGGGUUGAUUGAGGAGUUGUGGAGACGUAGUCCAUUUGUGUGCAGGUUCAUCCAUGUGUAUCCGUUUGUCAAAAAUCGUCGAGACUGUUGUGAAGCUCUUAGAUAAUUAGGAAUACUAUAUUGAGAUACCUUAUCACUGAACCAAUCAGAUAGCACACAAUCGAGGUUCCGAUGUUUAAAUCGUUUGAUACGAAACAUCCUGAAAUGUGAGUGACCAAACCGAACUUAUCUGGUAUUCGACGGUAUUUCCAAAUCGGUCAAUAGGUUUCAGUAAGUAGUGCGUGUCAUGUAGAAUGUCGAUUGCCACGCUUUUGGUUGAGUUACGUUGAAUUGAUUUCAACUCGACAGUUCGGAAAACCAUCUUCUGGUGUACCGAAUUUAAGACAGACACACAAAAUUAAAUGAGAGGAAGUCACGUGAAUAACUUGAUUGCAUUCACACCACCAAUUAAUUGAAUUGUAAUCACACAUUACGUGGAGAAAUGGAGACAGAUCUGAGAAGAAUGAACAACAAUGAGGUAGAAGAAGAAGAAGAAGAAGAAAGGAAGGCACAGGACAGAGUGUGUUGGAGAAUACUGGUCUGCUGUCUAUGCUCCAUUGGGAGUAACAAGCGUAAGGAAGUAAUCAAGUAAGUAACCUCACCAAUAUGAACUGUUACGUGUUUGGGAGUAGUGCAACCCACAUCUCACAGUGGUGAGGAUCAGGAAGACAUUUAGUCAUACAAAUGAGAUUUCCAAUUUUUCAUGAGUAAAUAAACCUAAACACUAACAUUCGUUACACAAUAUACUAUUUUGUUGAGUCUUCUUAUCAAUUGUUGGAUGUAAAUCUGUGAACAGUGUGACAAACAAUUAGGGCAAAACAAAUCACAUUUCAUCUAAUUCUGUUUAGUGUUUUACAUGAAACAACACAAUUAAUUGACCCUGUGAUUGUUUGAAUGACACCCUAAAUUGAUUAUUGAUUGUAUCUUAUAUGUGGUCAUUUAAUUGUAAAUGGAGUUUUCUUUUUGUUAAUCAUUUCCGAAAGUUGUUGUAACACGCCUAAUUCUGGUUAUUGGUGUGGAGUUUAUUCGUUUUAGGUUUCUUUUUAUUCACAUUUUCGUAUAGUAUACUGAUACUAUUAUCC